UCAAAUAAUGAGCUCGAAACGAAAACUCUGUUUUCGAUCGGGUGGCGGCCAGGACGAUCUGGAAGUUGGCUCAACAAGGAUCAAGGAAGCUCGGAUUACCGAUAUCUGCAAUGAUUCCAGCUCGCCAGGAAGAAAGGUCUUGGUGGAGCCCAUCCAGUACAAUCGUACCCCAUCAAGGUUUAAGAAUUCCUGGAAAACUUUAAAAACAUCCAGAAUCUGCGUUACCCAACUGGAUGCCGAAGAGGACACUGCCACUUCCACGUCCACGCAGCUACUUAAUACCAGUUGGCCAGGAAUGAAGCGUCGGGCCAAGGCAUUACCUAUUCACCAGACCUAUACUAGAUUCCCCAAGUCCCCAAAAUUAGCAUCAACCACUGAUAAAUUGCCGAAAAAAUUAACCAGCUCUUUCAAGACAUCUCAGAUUUGGACAGAGUUGAUGAAUACAUCACUGAAUGCAUCGCUGAACGAAUCAAACUGCUCGGACUUAUCCGAAGAUAGUUUCAUUGAUUCUUCGCCAAUAACCCAACUAGUUCCUGAUCAAUCCCCGUCUCACUACAUUCCUUCAAGCCAAAAGAAGUCUACUCCGAAACUCCAAAGCCGCGUCAUUAAAGGAGGAUUCGCUGAUGAGUUUGUGAAAAUGGUAAAGAAUGUUCGCAUGGGUCAGCGACAUAUGAAAACAAUGAAUCCGACUCACAAGGUAACAGUGCUAGACAUAUCCCAGGAACAUGGCCUUUCAAUGGUCUUAGUUGAACCUGUGAAUGGUACAAACAGUGGAAACAACUUUAAUAUUCUACUGCCAUCUAGCUUGGCAGGUGUUACUGUUGGAUCUACACUGCAAUUCUAUUUGGAUCCCAAAAACAAACCUCUCCAAUUGAGGAACAAUCAACUGGUGUUUUGCCAACCUCUCAAUGUUGUUGUAGGGUAAAGACUUUUCUAUUUGAAACGUUUGAAAAUGAAAUAAUCAUGUUAAUUAUUUAAGUAUUAUCCUAAUGGAAGUUUU